AUGAACUUUCAAAAUUGGGGUUUCAGCGAUUUAUCAGUUAGUAAAGAAUAUGAUAGUAAAAAGUACUAUCUUUUUGAAAGACUUGGAUUUAACACCAUAGCUAUUAACUCAUAUGUAGAAGAAACUGAUGAAGAACCCAAGAAAAAGAAACGAAAGGGUGAAAUCAAGGAAAAAAAAAGAUUUUAUUCCUCCCCCUAUAGAUAUCUCCAAUGA